UCAUUGUCAGAAACUGGAAUGUUUUGUGAUUUGUGUCUCAUGUAUGUUCGCGCGCCGGCAUAAAAAUGUAAAUGUGUUCAGAAAAGUAAUUUAACUACAGUUUUGUAUUUUGUUUUCAAGUUAUUACAAUGAGUGCUUCAUUCGAGGAUACAGUGUUUGAUUUUGAUUUAAAUUUUCUAAAUCAACCUACAACAUCAAACACGGGACAAGAUACUCAGACAAGAUUAGAGAAGCUUAGAAGAUCUAUUGUUUACUUAAAAAAGAAAGUUGUUUUUGCUGAUGCUGCUGUGUGUAGAUAUAAGACUGCAAGGCAUUAUGCAAGAGUAUUGGAAAAUAAUCAGCUGUACUCCAAUGAGGGGUGUAAACAACAUCUUAUUGAAAUAAGAAGCUUCAUUGAUAAAGUGGGCAAAUUAGAAACUGAAAAUCGGCAGUUAGAAGAAAGAGUCAAAGAAAAGAAUAAAGAAAUUGGUGACUUACAAAACAAGUAUGAAGCUCUAGAAAAAGCUGGAAAUCAAAUCCAGUUGCUGCUUAAAGAGAAAAGUAAACAACCCGAUCCACCCAAGGCGAUUGCUAACGUUGAUAAAGACAAGAAAAAAGAUAAUUGUAAAUCUUGCAAUAAAACUCAAAUGAAAUAUGAUUUACUAGAUAAAGAAGUUGAGGCUCUCCGCAAAGACAAUAAUAAACUUUCAUGGUUAGAAAGGGAUAAUGAGAAGCUUCGCAAGGAGAAUGCCAGAAUACCAAGCUUGGCACAAGAAAUUUUGAAACUUCAGAAAGAAGUUUCUGACCUUGUAACACCAGAGUCCAUAAAUGAUGGUAUCAAAAAAGCUACUGCCAAAAUACAAUAUUUGCAAAAAGAAAUUGAUGAUCUACAGAAGGAAAAUAGUAAAAUAGGAAAGUUGGAAAAAGAAAUUGAAGUACUUCGCUUAGAGAAUGCUAAAGCUAAAAACUUUGAGAAAGAAAUAGCAAAACUUCACAGAGAAACUGCAAAGAUUACAAAACUGAAGCUGGAAAAUGAUAUUCUACGCAAAGAAUCUACCAAAGUUACCAACUUGGAGAAAGAAGUUUCAGUGCUUAGUGUCAAGAAUGCCAAACUUACGAAUGCGGAGAGACUUCAUAAGAAUCUAUGUGAUGAGCUUGUUAAAAUCCCUAAUAAGGGAAAAGAGUUGGAAAAUCUUCUCUCGCGAUUUAACUUGAAAAUCACAUCCACCGAUAUGUCACUGCCAGAAGAAAAACGUGAUUCUGUUCACAAUGAUCCCAGUGAAGUGGAUGAAAUAGAAUCCGAGGAUACAGUUGUACCGUCUGCACCAGUCUGUACUGUUGCCGACAAACAACCUCACCUUAUUAAAACUUCACCUGAACCACGCAAGUCCUUUGAUGAUGAUACUACUGAAGUAGUGAAUGUAGACACUGGUUGCAGAUCUUCCCUUAACAGCUUCAAUAUUGAAACACCAUCAAAAUCUCUAGUUCAGAUUACAGAUAGCAUUGUCAAUAGUACGGUGCCCGUUAUUGUGUACAAUGACAAUCAAAGUAUCUACCGAAACAGGAACACAAAACUUCAUACUCAGAAUGUGUCUAUUGUUUCAAAAUGUGUUCCAAAAGACAUAACCAGUCCAAAUCAUUCGGAAGACCAUACUACAUCAAAAUCUGAAGUUAAAGAAAGUAUUUUAAGUGCUACAGUUCCCACUAUUGUAUACAACCAGAAUCUAGAUGUUUCCUGCAAGGAAGAUAACUUUGAAAGUCAAGGAUAUUGUGAUGAGAUUGACAGAAUAGACAAUGAUAAUCAGUUCGUAGACAAUACUCAAGUUCCCACUAUAGUGUAUAACGAAAAUAAUAUUUGCUAUGAUGAAAGUGUAAUUGAAAGCCAAGAAUAUACUCAGAAAGUAUCCGCUGUUAAAAAAUGUGUACCAAACAAUAACACACCUAUUGCUAAUACAUCAGACAGUAAGAUUGCAAUGUCAAAAGUUCACUUUAAAGAAAGUGUAAUAACUGCGGCAGUUCCUACUAUUGUAUACAAUCAGAAUGUAGACUAUUCAUCCAAUGACAAUGCCAUCGAAGUUCAAGGACAUCAUGAUCAGGUUGCAUGUAGAAGUACACAGAUUACACGGGAGAGAGAAAGUCUUGAACUGAACAAUAGCAAAGUACGUGACAGCCACAUUGAACUGGAGUUAGAAAAAAUAUUCAGUAACAUGAAAAUGUCCUUUAAUGCUGUGACUCCUAUCCCGAAAACACCAACAAGAAUAACUGAAGAAAAGAUUAUUACUGACCCCACAGAAAAGUUACUUAAAUGCAUGAUGUUGAGUGAUAAGAGUGAGAAACUUCUGCUAAAACUAAAAGAAUAUAUGCAUUCCUAUACUAAAGACUUGCUUUGUCAAUCGAAUCCUCGAUUUGCAGUCCAAUCUCAAAUGAUUGGAUCGGAAAGAAGGAAUGUGAAGUGUAACAUAGAUAAAUUAAUUCAAUGUUUUGAAACAAUCUUACGAUCCCGGCAGAUCUUAAGUGAAGAUUCCAUGGAUACACAACCAAACUUACAAAUAUCGGAGCUACCACUAUAUAAUGAAGAAAAUAAUUUAGAGUCAAUAACGAAUGAAGAAUUGCCAGAAACAGAUGCAUAUAGGAUUCCUGCAGGUACGGAGAAUAUGCAUGCUGUUACAGAUUUAAUUGAUGAUACAGACUUAUGUGAUAAUACGUCUUUAUUUGAUGAAUCAGACAUUAUGCAAGAAGAUACAAAUAUUUUACCAAACCAUCAAGAAGAUGUAUCUGUACCGUCGAUCGAAAACGUUAUAGAAUCACCUGCAACACCGUUACCAGAAAAGGAUAUAAUAAUUUUGUCAAAACCUGUUACUGUUGAUAGAAAACAAGAAAAAUCGCGUAAACCUACAACUGAUAGAUCUUCUGUCAAAAAUAAAAUGUAUAAAGCUACUGAUAGUGUAAGACGUUCAAAUAUUUCUACACAAAAGAAGAAACCAAGCACAAGAGGCGUCAAAAAAGUACCAUGUAAGAAAAAUACACAAUUAGAUAAACUGAAGAAACGUCUUGAACCAAAGUAUAAAAUUAGGAGAGAGUCUCCACUGUUACGAAAAUCGAAUCUAAAGCCAAAAUCCAUACCUCCCACCAAAAAGACGGUAUCACCAAAUGAUACCUCUGCAUCGCUCAAUAAUAAAGAUGUGUAUGAGAAAGCAGUGAAAGUAAUGGCUGAAAUAAAUUCGAAAAAGUCUAAAAUGUUAAAAUCGCCGCCCGUACGAAGAAAAUCUAUAUUAUCUCCAACACAUAAAAUGUCUAUGGAAUAUGAGUUUGACAUGAUACCUAAUUCACCACCCAGAAUGACUCGCGCUAUGUCUUUAAAGCUUAGUGGUUUGGAAAUUGAUACUGAUAUCAGUUAUGAUAAAGUACCAAUGGCGUCGCCUAAAAAUACACACACUUUACUAUCUCCAAAGCACAGGAAUUCUCUAGACAAAGAGACUGAGCAAAAUGUCAACGAAAUUACACCUGCAACAUGUAAGGAUACUGUGCCUAUUGUAAUUGAUAGUGGCGACAAUGUAUCAAAUUCAACACCUAAAAAAACAAGAUGUCCUUUACCCUCGGAACUCAAUGAUUCUACGCAAAUUGAAAUUGUUGACAGGGAGGAUAUAAUACCAACUUCACCAGUUGAAGACCCGAAAACUCCGUUUGCUUACAAUAUCGAAACUAGUAGUGGUGGCAAAGUACUAAAUUCGCCACCUCAGGCGCCUAAAGCAUCCACAAUGCUUGAGAGCACUAUGGAAAUUGAAGUUGAUAGUUGUUGCGGGGGUAUUAUAUCAAAUUUACUACCCAAUGAACCGACAAUUCCUGGGAGCACUAUGCAUGUCAACACGAACAAUGACGAUAAAAUGCCAAAUCCAUCAGCCAAUGAAAAACGCGACAUAACUUUACAAAACGGAAUUGAUAGUAACGUGGAUAUUGAAGAUACAUCAGUUGAAGAACCGACUACUACAAGACGUAAGAGCGCUUCGCAGACUGACAAUAAUGGUGAGACAGGACCAAAUCCACCACCCACAACUUUACUGACCGUGAGGCGUAAGAGUGCUUUACAAACUGAACUGAACGCUAGUGAUAAAGAACAUAAUUCAGUAUCUAGUAAAGCUAAUACUCCAGUGCCCGCAAGACGAAAGAGUGUUGUACAGUUUGAAAUAACUAGCAAUGGUGGUGAUAAAGUAUCAAACUCACUAAAUAAAGAACCUAAAACUUCAUUGUCCAUGCGACGCAAGAGUUGUUUACAAAUUGAAAUUAAUAAAGGUAGUGAUAAGGUACAAAGUUCACCACCCAAGGAACCCACAACUCCAUUGUCCCCAAGGUUGAGGAGUUCUGUGUGUCCUGAUAUCCAUAAUGAGGCAAAUAAAGUAUUAUAUUCUCCAUCGAAACUAACUAAAACACCAUUGUCUCCAAGGUUGAGGAGUUUUACGCAAAACGAAUGGAACAAUAGUAACUCACCACCUAAACAAAUAAAAGUUCUAUUGUCUCCAAGAAGUAGAAAUAGUAUGUCAGAUGAAAUAGAUCGAUUGCCACAAAAGAUCUUGAUCACACCAAGAACUAAGAGAAAGAUAUCAGAAUUAUUUGAUAACUGUGCAGUAGUUUUAACAAAAGAUGAGACAAUACUGGAUUCUGUAGCAAAUAAAAGUGUAGUUGUCGAAAAGACGCAAGAAGAAACCGAGCCGCAUAAUGUAAGGGCAGCAAGAAGAAAACGCAGGUCUUCUUCUGAUGAGCCUCUCGUGCCUCCAAAGAGAAUAUUGCGUAGCUCUAAUCAAAAGGGAGAAAACGAUAACAAGUCAGGAGAAAACACAAAUGCCAUAAAAAGUCCUUCCAAACUAUUACAAAGUCCAAAACCUACUAAAGUAGUUACGUAUGACGACUUGGAUAUGUGGUCUGAUGAUGACCAUCACGAAUUAACUACUCUUCAACAUCAACAGGAAUUAGUUCAUGACAAGGAAUCAGUUCCUAUAAAUGAGGUAGACACGGAGAUUUGUCAUCCAAAAGAGAGUAUUUUGUGUUGUAUGAUCGAAAAGUAUGGAGUCGAAUCUGUGAAACCAUUUGCAAAGAAACCUUCAGAUUACACUGUUAAGCAACUAUGCGAAAAGAUUGAAAAAGAAAUUUCAGCCAUAUCAGAAUUACCAAUGAAUGAAACGAAAAAUGCUAUGAAUAAGUUUGUUGCUGAUUUACGAAAAGUAAACCACAAACUCUUUAUAAGCGGCAUGAUGAAAUAUUUAACAAAACCAGAACGGAAACAGGAAUUAUUUGGAAAAGUAUCUUUAACUGCUGCUCCGGCUAUGACCAAGGCUGAACAAAUCCUACUCUAUAUCGUAGCACAACUAAAGACUCACUGGCCCAUAGAUAUUGUCGACGCAAUAUUGUCCAACAUUGAGUACACAUUAUUUAGAUUGAACAGAACACCAGAAUUUGAUGUGAUUGAAAGUAUGUCGCACUUCUAUGCUCUCCUGUGUAGAUACAUUGGAGCUAAAAGCCGAUUAAGACUGUUUAUCCUAGAUGCCAUGUAUUGUAUUCAAUAUAAAUCGGUACCUUUGAUAAAGCAGUGUAUUGAAAUAUGGAUGCAUAUAAUACCAUUAGCACAUAUGGGUAUUGCUAAGAACCCUCUGGUGACAUGUUUGGUAUAUCUUCUACAUUUCUACAAGUGUGAUGACAAAUUGAACCGAGUGCAAGACAUCAGAAACAUACUAAGUCGAAAAUAUUUCUAUCAAAUCACAGACUGGAACGAGACAAAAAUACUAGAAAUGUUUAAAAACUGUAUUAAAGAUUUGAAAGAUACAUCGAUUGACAAGAAAACGUUAAGAUUGGCUCUAAUUAUUCUUGCUAAGCGACACGGACCUCGGUGGUGUCAAAAUAAUAUCAUUAAGAAUUUACUUCAACCAAUGAUAGAAAAGGAAGGUGUAUCCGACAAUGUGAAGGAGUUUUGUGUGUCGAUGAUUGGGCCGCUGAUGAAACCAUAUCCAGUUGAUAUGAAAAUAUAUUGUGAGAUAGCUAUGAAUCAACUUACUGAUAUCCUUAACAAUAAUCCAUCGCCCAAAAUGGAAGAAGCUGCAAUCACCAGUAUGUUGUUCAUAAACAGACAUAACCAGGAUAGUAUUAACAAAAUACUUUUAUCGCGUAAAAUGAAACCAUUGUCCUCGGAGCUUGAAAGAACACUAUGCGAUUACGUAAAAACAAAGCCAUUGAAAGUGUGGAAGAAACAUCUUUCCAUAAUAGCUCGAGUAACUUAAAAUAUUUUAAGAUUUUAGUGUUGUAUUAUUUUUACUUAGUUGACCAUCUGCUAAGCAGAUAUACAUGCAAAUUACAGUUUAUUGUGUAAUUUUAAUUAGGUAUGCAUAAGUUUAACAGCUGUCUAUUUUGUGAAUGGAUGUAAUAUUUGGAUCUAAGUAGAAUAUAACAAUGAGUAUGUGUUUUACGAUUUUAGUCAAGAGAUUGUCUUUCUGAUUAAGACAAAAGAAUAGUCAUAAUUUAAGGAAUUUGGGUAUAACCGUAAAUAGCGAUUACUUAUUAGACCCAGAGCCCGCGAGGCCCAGAUAUUCGUAAUUUUAUAAAACCUGAUAUUUUUCUACCCAUAUCCUCAACAUAGAUAAGUACGAUCAGGGACUAUGAAAUAAGGGUGUUGGUUACUUCGACAGGUAACAGGUAAUUAAGAUAUGUAUAAUAGUACUUCGAAUUCGUUAAAGUAUAACGCUCAGUUUUUAGAUAUUUAAAGGAAUAACAUUAAAAGUGUCGUCGUCCCAUGCCAGUUAUUUAGUACGGUUGCUACCCUCAUAUUGUUGUACAAUAUUAGAUUACACGCUGUCAUAGAAUGCGUAAGAGAAAUAAAGUUUCACAGCUCCUCCCCUGUAGCCCAUAUGUUGACCCGACCUGUUAGUAAUAUUUAUACAAAUUUUGAAUUAAAUCCGUGUAGUACUUUUUUAGUUUAUCCCGGACACACUGUUUGUCUGUGAUGACAAAAAUUCUUAAAAAUACAUUUUUGGCUUCGAUAUUAAUUGUCACGCCCCGGGUAUUCUUUUAAAAAAUAUUCAA